UGACUAAUAACAAGUAUUCGGGUUUUGAUGCAAUAGUUUUGGGUGCUUAUAAGGAUGGGUCCUUAUCUGAGGUAGCAUCGAAAGAAAUUUCUGAAAAAGUUCAAACUAAUAUUAAACAACAGCUUCAAUAUGCUGGAGCUAAAGGAAAAUUAGGUGAAGUAAGGGUUUUAUAUGGAGUUGGUAGUGAAGAAGGGUUGCCAUCGAAAAUGGCAGUUGUUGGUUUAGGAACUAAAAAGGAUUCCCCUGAAGAAUUGAGAGAUUCUUUAGAUAAAGCCCGUGUUGCGGCAGCAGCAGGUGUUUGUACAUUGCGUGAUCAAGGAGCUAAAAAUAUCGCAGUUGAUGUUAUGACAAGUGAACAUGGAGCAUCCGAAGGUGUUACUCUUGGUCUCUUUAAACCAGAUCAGUUGAAAUCCGCUAAAAAUAAAAAAUCAUCUGUUACCAUUUCACCAUUUGGAUUAUCAUCAUUAGAAAAUUCAUCAUCAGAACUUUCCUGGGAGACUGGUUUGAUUUAUGCGAAUGCUCAAAAUUUUGCUCGUACAUUAGGAAAUUCACCAUCAAAUUAUAUGACUCCUACUAUUUUCGCCGAAAAUGUAAAAUCCAUAUUACAAGGACUGCCAAAAGUUGAAAUUAUUGUUAGAGAUAGAGAAUGGGCCGAAGAAAAAAAAAUGGGAUCUUUCUUAUCAGUUGCUAAGGGUUCGGAUGAACCUUUAAGGUUUUUGGAAAUCCAUUAUAAAGGUGGAAAAGAAGAUGAUAAACCUUUGGCUUUGAUAGGAAAAGGCGUUACAUUUGAUUCAGGUGGUAUUUCAUUGAAACCCUCCACAGGCAUGUCCGAAAUGAAGAUAGAUAUGGGUGGUGGUGCAGCAGUAUCAGCUGCAUUAUAUGGCAUAGCAAAACUUGAAUUGCCGAUUAAUGUGGUUGCCGCCAUUCCUUUAUGCGAGAAUUUACCUUCUGGUCAUGCAACAAAACCGGGGGAUGUCGUCAUUGCCAUGAAUGGGAAAUCUAUAGAGGUUGAUAACACAGAUGCUGAAGGACGAUUGAUAUUGGCUGAUGCAUUGUAUUAUAUAAGUUCGACAUUUCAACCUCAUAGUCUCAUUGACUUGGCCACCUUAACCGGGGCGAUAGGAGUAGCUCUUGGUAAUGAUCAUUAUUCUGGAGUUUUUACUAAUUCUAAUAUCUUGUGGAAACAACUUGUAGAUGCAGGAAACAUCGCAAACGAUCCUUUUUGGCGUAUGCCACUUGAUGAUUUUUAUAAAAAGGCCAUGACUAAAUCUGAUGUAGCAGAUUAUAUUAAUUCUGGUGAUAGAUAUGGAGGUGCUUGUACUGCUGCUAUUUUCCUUAAGGAGUUCGUUUAUGGAUUAAGUGAUGAAGGAACUAUUCGAUAUGCCCAUAUUGAUAUGGCAUGUGUUAUGAGUACUAGUGCAGAUUCUCAUUAUAAUGUUAAAGGCGCAACUGGGCGCCCAACUCGUUCUAUAAUUGAAUUUGCUAGAAGACUUGCCAAAGAAACUGCUUUUAAAUAA